UUAAAUAAAAUUAGGUAUUUCAACGUUAAACUGAACCUGUCUUGCUUCUUUCUUUACUUGCUUGAAGAGAGUUGUAGUGAUUUGUCACCGCAGAGGAAGGAAGAGUAAAACGAGAGCCGCUUUAGUUCAAUCUUCUUUCAAGAUUCGAUCGAAGAAUUAUGCUGUUCUUUUCGUAUUUCAAGGACUUGGUGGGUAGAGAAGUGACCGUGGAGCUCAAGAAUGAUUUGGCAAUUAGAGGAACGCUCCAUUCUGUUGAUCAGUACCUCAAUAUCAAGCUCGAGAAUACUCGGGUUGUUGAUCAAGACAAGUACCCUCACAUGCUUUCAGUGAGGAAUUGUUUCAUCAGGGGAUCCGUGGUUAGAUACGUUCAAUUGCCUCCAGAAGGUGUUGACAUCGAUCUGCUUCAUGACGCAACAAGAAGAGAAGCUCGGGGUGGCUGAUACUUGUUUUAACUGUUGCUUCGUGUUUGUAUGAACAUCUCAUGUAGUAAUUGUUUUUGUUUAAACCAAAGCCGUCUUGCCAUUCAAAAUUCUGUAUGCUGAAGCGACACUAAUCAGUUGUUUAAAUGGUGAAACAUUUUUCAGUCAAGAGUUUAUGUUCCAUCUC